GGAUUUUGAUAUGCAUGAUUGUUUCUUUUGACGGCAGGUCUUAUUCCAAUUCUGUUGUUGUAUGGUGUGCAUACACAGUGCAUAAUAACUAGAUCUUUGGAUAUAUGCGGUUCGACUGGUGACGUGUACAAUUGUCAACAUCAGCAAUUGAAAUCUGUACCAAGAAGCACUGCUUCAAAUAUCACAGCCAUUGAUCUUUCUGACAAUGAGAUAGAAAAUCUGAAGGAUGACGACUUUACCGGAAUGCACACUUUGAAAGCUAUUUACCUUCCUUGGAACAGAAUAAAUCACAUCAAGAAGAACGCAUUUCAACAUUUGCCGAAUCUGUGCAUUUUAGAUCUAAGCUCAAACCAACUUCGCAAAGGAUCCAUAGAAAAGGGAACAUUUCAAGAUAUGAACUCUCUUCAGGACCUCAAAAUUAAUGGUAACCCAUAUCCUAGUGGAGGAUUUCCUGACGAAGAAAUAGAACGUCUUUCGUCCCUGAGAAACUUAUCAAUGAGCGCUACUACAACAAACCUGUAUUUUUCCUCAAAAUAUCAAACUUUGAAAAAUCUUCAAAAAUUGGAGAUUGAUUCUGGUAUCUCGUUUCAUAUAACUAAUGAAUCUUUUAAAAACCUUGCUGACCUCAAUAUAGAAUAUGUACACUUCAUCUUCAGUGACGAUUGUCCGUGCAAAAAUAUCAACGAAGAUUUGUUUUGGGCGUUUCCUAACUUAAAAGGCCUGCGCCUUCAAACGUUUUGUGGCAUGCGAUAUGCAUUGAAAUCACUGAUGAGACUACAAUUUAAAACAUUGGACUAUUUAAACUUUUAUCAAACUUUUCCUAACUCUGGAGAAGCCAUGAUUCUGAAUGAAAAUGAUGUAAAGUAUCUGAAAAACGUCUGUGCUAAAACUGUUAGUUUGAAGGACACCAAUAGUAUUAGUAUAGAGACAAUGAAAUCCUCGAUAUUUAUGAGAUGUAUUGAACGGAUAGACUUGUCACUUAAUCACUUACGUAACUCCAUGUUCAUAAUUGCCAUUCUAGAAGCAGUGCAAAUCAAAGUCGUCAAUAUCAGUCACCAGAGCUAUUGUGGUUCAAAUUCAUUUCCCAGUACGAACCGUAAACUAAUGAGUCAACAAUUCUCAUUCAAUUUGACACUGUCAACUUCCUUAGAAGUUUUAGACAUCUCCAACACGUUCGUUAAUCCAAAUCCAUCAUAUAUCCAUGUGUAUGGAGCUAACUUACAACGCCUCAAUUUUAGAUACACAAGUUAUUCCCUUUGUACGAAGAACAACAUCAGAUUGUUUUUACCUCGGCUGUGGUUCAUGGAUCUCUCUGGUGUGAAAUGUCAAGAUUUAUAUGUAGCAUUUCUGAAAGAUUUGCACUCCUUGUCGGAACUCUACAUGAGUGAUGUAAAUCUUGAUGUCGGUCUAACAAGAGAUGUGAAGGGUGAAUUUCUUAACGGUCCUGCCAAAUUGAAGGUGGUUGAUUUCUCAGAGAACGCCUUAAAAGAUUUACAUCCGAACCUUUUUCAAAGUCAGUCAUUCUCCUUAGAAAUGUUAUUACUAAAUGACAAUCUACUCACUACAGUUCCAGAUGCUCUUCGUGUUGCUACGUCACUACGAAUUCUUCAAAUGAGAUCCAACAAAAUUUCAUCCUUUUCGACAAAAGCUAUAAUUACCUUGAAUCAUUUAAAACGCGUGCAAAUGGAUGUUAGAGGUAACCCCUUUGAUUGUUUCUGUAAUGCCCUUGAUUCCUUGCGCUGGAUGUCUGAUCAUCGAGAAAUAUUUCUUCAUUUGAACGAGACCUACUGUAUUGAGGAAGCAAACAAAACAUUAUUAAGUGUGAUGGAUGAUUUGCGUUCACUGGAACUACGAUGUAUUUCAAGGCUGUGGAUGCAAAUAUCCACUUCUACUCUGUCGUUCACAUUUCUGUUUCUUGUAACAUUUGCAAUUUCAUACCGAUAUAGAAUCAUCCUGCGUUAUGGAAUGUUGAGAAUCCGAUUAUUUUGGAGGAAAAGCUUUUCGAUAAACACUACAUGCGAUGCACCUGCAUAUGACGCAUACAUUUCGUAUUCAUCCAGUGAUUUUCUUUGGGUGUGUUCAACACUUUACCCAGCAUUAAAUGGACAAAAUCUUCGAAUCGCACUGCAAGAUAAAGACUUUGACCCAGGUAGUCCCUAUGCAGAAGAAGUGGUUAAAUUUGUUAACAUGAGCAAAUAUGUGAUAUUUGUUAUAACAGGGCGCUUUAUUAAAUCUGAAUGGGGAUCCUAUGAAAUUCAGGUCGCAAAAAUACAUGCAAUUCAUACUAACGCGAAACUUGUUCUGAUCAUCAAGGAUGGAAUCCAAAUUGAAGACCUUCCGAAAGACAUCUUGUUCAUUUGGUGGAAAAUCAAACCAUUGGUGUUUAAUGAAAAUGAAACCGAAGAAAAACAAGCAAAAUUUUUCAAACGUUUAAUCACCACUAUUAAGGAUUAA